GAAUUUUGACCCUCGUCGGCGUGGUGUUAUUUGCUUCAGUGUCAAGAAAGUAGAGGUCAUGGCCAGUAUCAGGAAGGCUGCAGUGGUGACGGGGUCCAACAAGGGCAUUGGGUUUGCUGUUGUGAGAGGGCUGUGUAAAAGCUUUGAUGGUGAUGUCUUCCUGACAGCUCGGGAUGAAGGUCGUGGCCAGGCCGCCAUUGCUGACCUAAACAAGGAAGGCCUCCAGCCCAAGUUCCAUCAACUGGACAUCAAUGACCAGUCAAGCAUCGAACGGCUGAAGUCCUUCCUACUGUCCACUUACGGGGGAUUAGAUGUUCUGGUCAACAAUGCUGGAAUUGCAUACAGGAAUGCUGACCCAGCACCGUUUGCUGAGCAAGCUGAAUUUACCUGUAAAACCAACUUCUGGGCCACCCUGCUUACUUCUCGUAUACUGUUCCCUCUCCUCAGACCACAUGCCAGGGCUGUUUCUGUGUCCAGCGUGCUAGCUUACACAGCUAUCGAUCAGUGUUCCCCUGCCGUUCAAGGUCGCUUCAAGGACCCUACCCUCACAAUGGAAGGACUGGAGAAGAUCAUGCAAGAGUUUGUAGAUGCUGCGAAGGCAGGUAGACAUCUUGAAGAGGGGUUUCCAAAGUCAGCGUAUGGUACCUCCAAGAUCGGGAAGAACUUCAUGACUGUCAUUCAGGAUAGAGACAUCAGGAAGGACCCGAGAGAGGACAUUGUCAUCAACUCAUGCUGUCCUGGCCAUGUACAAACAGAUAUGUCGAGUCAUACAGGCCCAAGGAAUAUUGAUGAAGGUGCAGACACCAUGGUAUAUCUGGCACUCUUGCCCCCGAACACCACAUCCCCUAAAGGCAACUUCGUUGCUGACAGAUCCAUUCUGCAGUGGGGAUAAUUAAAGUAUUUUACAUGGAUAACAUGUGCAGGUCUCAGUCAGUGAAACGUUGGAAAGUCUUGUAGAUUUGUCUUAAUUUUUAUAAUCCUCUAAUUUUGCAUAAAUUAUUCACAUUUGAGGAGUAGUUGGUUGUAUACUUAGUUUACUUAUGCAGUAAGUUCCUUAUUGUCUUAGUUGUGCUCAUAUAUCCAGUGUAGCUGUUCUUGAUCAAGUGUGAAAACCACCUCUGGACCAAUGGGCUGCCAACAAGCUUCCAGUGAGGAAGUGUCGUCUCCACCUCUUUUUGAUAGAUUAUUGUGAUUGAUUGAUUGUUGGUUAGCGCUGCAAUAUUACAGCUAUAUUGCGACUGUCUGUAAAUAAUCGAGUCUUUGUCAGCCAUUUUGACAGAAAGACGUUUUCACAGUUUUAUCGUGAAAAAUACGAGUCUUAAAGUGUGUAUAGCUUGAAGAGGUGGAGAAAAUAAUGAAUCUGGCCACAGAAGGUACACGGACAUGUCAUUUUCAAAGCCUCCUGUAUUUGUUAUAAAAUGUUUACAAUGCAAACAGUUGUAGAUGUGUCCAGCCUCCAAUAAUCAAUGUCAUAUAUUACAUAUUAUUGAGUUAACCAACAUAACAGAAAGUUUAUCUCAGCACAAUGGGUCCCGCACAAUGAACGUUAAGGGACUUUAAAAUAUAGCGGUAUAUAUAACUACAAAACACACUACAUUUUCGACUUGAACCUUAUGAAGAGUUUGAAGUUUGAUGUCUUUCAGUGGCAUUUAGAAGUUGUACAUUGAUGUCCAAGAUAUUUUUAUGGAUUAAACUUCUUUGUAAUUUGUCUUCAGUAUUGCCAAAAUGGCUAACUACAGACCCGUGCCAGUUAUAUUGGGUCACUUGACGUAAUUUGCAAAGACUUACAUGUUAAUUUAGUGUAGCAUAAACAAUUUUCAUGAAUUUAAUGUUCUUAAGAUCUAAGUCACAUUUUGCACAUUUGUGAGGAAUCAUCUUACCUACAAUCAAAUAAUUUCUGUUUAAUUUUCCGUUGCUUAUUUAUUGAAUGGCAACCAUUUAAUCAACAUAUGUACAGUGGCGUGAACUUCUUUACCAUGGCGGCCUGUGGGAUUGUGCAUUGUGGAACCAUACCAAGCUGAUAAAUAUGAUGUCAUUAUAGUUAGAUAGUGGUCUAAAAAUUGAACUGAAAUUAUGUGCGCAGAGCAGAUAUGAUUUCACAUUUGCCUGUCAAAUUUUACAAAGAUCCAUUCUAAACUCACUUCAGGAAAAUUAUUUAUGCUACACUGAAAUAACAUGUAGUCUAAGGAAAUUAAGUCAAGUGGCUCAGUAUAACUGGCACAGGUCUGUAGAUCUGCUGUUUACACAGUUUAGUAAACUAUUCACUGUCACAGUGUCUGUGACCCAACUGCCCUCCGGUCUGCCAACAGUGGUGAUGGGGGGAUGGGACAAGAUGUCUGAUAGAUAACAACACUAUCUGGAUGCCAACCGGUAUACCAGUUGGCUUCUCCCAGGGUGCUGGCUACCAACAACCAAGACUCCUUCAUUGUGGAGUUCAGCCUGGUGCUCUCCAGGCUCCUAUGGUCCAGCCACAACCUUGGAGUAGUAAUAGGGAGACAAUGCCUGUCUGCCAGUCAAGUUCAGCACAACACCUGCAGCUGAUGAGACCACAGGAAAAAGAGGAAACCCACUGCUGAACCCAGCAAAGAGUCCCCACCCUCACGCAAGAGGAAGUGCCCAGAGGACAACAGUGAGGUGGCCCAAGCUGCAAAACAGACAAGACUGGAGGAGCCCCAGGACGCUCUGGAGCCAGCCCAGGACUCCCUGGAGGACCUGGAAGCUCUCUUGGCUGAGUACAGCUCCAGUCUGUCAUCUGGCACCAGGGAUUUCUUCUAAAUACUGUAAGGUGGAGGGGACAGGUAGGUAUAGACUUGUGUAUAGUGGCUAUCUUCAUGUUUAUUCAGCAGCAGCAUCACAAAUGGUUGAAGAGUGAAUAGUGAUUGGAGGUUUGGGGUUGUUUGUUAUGAUGUAACUGAAAUACAUGUUUCUGUUUCUACGUUAUGACUACAUUUGUUGUUAAUAAAAUAUCUCAUUUCAGUUUAAA